AUGGCCACCACCGCAGCAGGUCGCAUGCUCUCCCGGCAACUGCAGCAGAUGCAGUCCGACAAGGACAUCCCGGGAAUUAGCUGCGGACUGGUCGACGACAGCAAUGUGUUUGAGUGGGAGGUGAUGCUGAUGAUCUCCGAUGAUGUCAAGUUGUACGGCGGAGGCUUCUUCCGCGCCCGUCUCACCUUUCCCCCGGAUUACCCGCACAUGCCCCCGAAGAUGAAAUUCGAGUCGCCACUCUUCCAUCCCAACAUCUACCCCAACGGCGACGUCUGCAUCUCGAUCCUGCACCCCCCCGAAGAAGACAAAUACGGCUACGAGUCCGCCGCUGAGCGCUGGUCCCCCGUGCAGACCCCCGAGACGAUUCUCUUGUCGGUGAUCUCCAUGCUCUCCAGCCCCAAUGACGAGAGUCCCGCGAAUGUCGAGGCCGCACGCUUGUGGAGGGAGGAUCCGAAGGAGUUCAAGAAGAGGGUCAGGAAGUGUGUGAGGGAUAGUCUGGGGGAGGAGUAA